UUUCUACUGGGAAACAAUAAUUGUCUCUGAGAUAUCGCUGUGACAGCAUCCACCACUGCAAGCUUCCUUCGUAGAUCACAACAGGUGACAAUGUCUUUGUGGAACAGAGCACAGCAGUCCCCAGAUGCCCUCCGUCAAGUUCAAAAUGUUUACGGUGAACAGUUUCCAAUUGAGGUGCGACAUUAUCUGGCUGGGUGGAUAGAAGAUAAAAUGCCCCAGUGGAAUGAAAUAGAUCCAGAAAAUGUAUCUCACAGCCAGUAUGCACAUACUUUAGUAUCACAGCAUCAGGAGAUGGAAAACAAAGCCCUCAGUUAUAGCAACAAUGAAGACCUUUUUCUUGUCCGUAUCGCCUGGAUGAAGCUGCAGCGUCAUAGGAGAAAACUCGGAUGCAACAAACUCAUACAGUCUCAAUGGGGUUCAGACUGGCUUUACUCAGUUAGUCAGCAGCUGGAUGUGGUCUCUGUGUUCGGUGAACCAUCACGCAACUCUGCUGACGGUGUGGAUAAGGGAAUGGCGGAGUCUCAGUGCUCUAAGAUUGAGGCGGAGGGACUUUCAGGCAUGCUGGAGUGCGAUGAGAAGCGGACUCCUCGGGGGAAUAAAAUAAAGAAAGCACAGCUACCACAUCUCUCUCACAUUCAAGGUCAGAGAACACAACAGAAUGAGAACUUCGAACAGAGUUUGAGAGGCGUAAAGAUGUUGAGUGAACAACUGGCUCAGAAGGUAAUGAUAAUGUAUAUGGUGAAUUUGAUAGGAAGAUCCAUUAUAGCAGUUCUGGAUGAAGAACUUAUUAACUGGAAGCGGGAACAGCAGAUGGCAGGAAAUGGAAAACCUUUUAACCAGAAUAAACUUGACCAGAUACAAGAUUGGUGUGAGGCAUUAGCAGAAAUAAUAUGGCUUAAUCGCUUCCAAAUAAAAGAAUGUGAACGGCACCAGACAAAAAUACCCAUCACUCCACCUGGAGGCGUUGAUAUGCUGCCCACUCUGAACUCUCACAUUACAAGGCUCUUGUCCUCUCUUGUCACAAGCACAUUCAUCAUUGAGAAACAACCACCCCAAGUGAUGAAAACAAACACCCGGUUUACAGCAACAGUACGGUUGUUGGUGGGUGGCAAACUCAACGUGAACAUGACACCCCCUCAGGUUCGGGUAUCCAUCAUCAGUGAAGCACAAGCCAAUGCACUGUUAAAGAAUGAUCAAAUGAACAAAGGUGAACAGUCAGGAGAAAUUCUUAAUAACACAGGAACCAUGGAAUACCAUCAGACCAAUCGACAACUAUCAGUGAGUUUCCGCAAUAUGCAGUUGCGCAAAAUCAAGCGAGCAGAGAAAAAGGGUACAGAGUCAGUUAUGGACGAGAAAUUUUCCUUACUCUUCCAGUCACAAUUCAGUGUUGGUGGUGGCGAACUUGUUUUCCAAGUAUGGACAUUGUCAUUACCAGUGGUAGUUAUUGUUCACGGCAACCAAGAACCUCACGCCUGGGCAACAGUUUCCUGGGACAAUGCAUUUGCUGAGCAAGGGCGUAUACCUUUUACAGUUCCUGAAAAGGUACCUUGGCCCCAGAUAGCAGAUAUGUUAGAUUCUAAAUUUAAGUCUGCCACUGGUCGAGGAUUAACUGAUGACAAUCUCAAGUUCUUGGCAGGCAAGGCUUUCAGGAGUCCUCAAAUUCAAGAUUUCAAUAAUAUGUACUUGUCAUGGUCUCAGUUUUGCAAGGAGCCUUUAUCUGAGCGCAACUUUACCUUCUGGGAAUGGUUCUUUGCUGUGAUGAAGGUUACGAGAGAGCACCUGCGUCAGCCUUGGAAUGACGGGUCCAUUAUGGGUUUUGUUGGUCGCCGUCAGGCUGAAGAAAUGUUAAAGAACUCCAAGUCAGGCACCUUCCUUCUACGCUUUUCUGAUUCAGAAUUAGGGGGUGUCACAAUUGCUUGGAUGUAUGAAGACACGACAAAGGCUGGCGACCAACGAGAUGUGUUCAUGCUACAGCCAUUCACCAGUAAAGCCUUUGCCAUCCGUCCUUUAGCUGAUGUGAUUGCUGAUCUAAAGUACUUGCUCUUCCUCUAUCCAAAUAUACCUAAAGAACAAGCUUUUGGAAAGUACUAUACACCCAUGGGAGAGCAACAACCUACAACAAAUAAUGGCUACGUCAAGCCACACCUGAUCACUCAUGUCCCAGGAUGGUCAGGUGCAGGAUCAAUGGAUUCUUAUCCUAACACACCACAACCAAUGUACCCAAUACACGAUACUGGAAUGGGUGACCCUCCGUCCGUCAGCUCUAACCCCUCCGACUGCGUGUCCACAAUCACCUACGACAAUGAUUACCCCGACAUCCUGGAAAACCUGCCAGAUGCAGACUUCCCUGAUAUCAACCUCGACUUCCUCCAAACCAACUUUAUGAAGCCUCAGUGAAGUCGUGAAAUAUGUCAUCUCUGUUUUUUGCAACCUACACAUGAAUAUGGGCUCAUUGCAUUUGCUAGAAUUAUCAACACCAUUGGGCAUGCAUAAAAUGUCCAUAAGGCAGUGGAGUUUUCAUUACAGCAAAAAUACUUCCACUGCAGAUACAGUAUUUGUUAUUAUCGUUAAAGUGCUCAGAGGAAGCACACAAUAUAUCAAAUAGACAGUUCAGUUGUCAGCAUGGUUGACUUGUCAUGUCGAGACAUUAGGUGAUGACUGUUACCACAAAUAUUUUUCAUUGCAUUUUAUCAUUAAUUACCAAAUAUUAAAAUACAGUAUGUGUAAUAUAAGGAAGUACUGUACCACAAAAUAUUGUUACUGGUACAUUCAGGUGUGUUUUAGCUGUGGUCUAGAGGAUUUGGUUAAUAAUUUAUAUGUAUUUUGAAAAGAUGAACUGACCUCAGUAAUCGAAUAUUCUCUUCGAAGGAUUUUUUAAGAAACACAUCAGUAUAGCGUCAUAGAAUAUAGCAUGUGUCGAUGUUUUGCAAUAAUACCUUUUUUUUUUAUAUCGUGUACUGUAAUGUUACUAAUUUCAAACUUUAUAUUUUACUUGAGCUAGUUUUAGAUUUAUUUGCAGUGAUUGUUUGGUGUGGACAGUAUGAGUUAUUUUGGGAAUGGUAUAUCAGGUUAUCUAAAAAAUUAUUAAACAAAAUAUGAUGAAUUUUUUUUUUAUUAUGAGUGUGACUCAUGUUGGUGAAGGUUUGAUUUAGCUGUUCAUAAAAAGAGGGAAAAGGCAAUAAAAAGAUAAUUAAUCUUCAGAAUUUUUCCAUAUACAAUAUGUUACUUUUUCUUGUUAGAUGCUGUGUUAUGGUUGGUUUUGAUGAUAAUGUUGGCUGUACAUGAAAAUCAGUUUGUAUAUAAUAAGCUGUUACAUUAUAUUAACAAAAAUAUCUAUCUUUAUUAUAGUAUAUGCUACUUUAUGUACACAGAGAAGGUUGGUGCAUUUAAAAUCUUAUUAGAUAUUCUAUUUUCUGAUACAAAACUUUGGGCUUAUGGAAAUGCAUGGUUGUACUAACUAGAUCCCACAGUGAGAGUAGUUGCAAAAAAUGUCAGAUGAUACUGUGUGUAAAUAGAAUACACAGUACAUUUAGGAAAAUUUUAAGUUGAAAAUUAGCUAUAUAACAGGUUUGGAGUGUAUGUUUUGAAAUGAAGGGAUUCAAGCAGGGUAGGGAUUCCAUUAAAACAAAAAAUUGCAUUUCCAGUAUUAGACAAAUGAAGAAUGGAGUGAUUUAUGGUUGGUUUUUAAUAAGGUGGGUGGAUCAUGUCUCCAUUUUAUUGAUGUAUUUGUUAGUGUGGUAGUGAAGUAGGUUGAAGAUGACAGGAUUGGUAGAAGAUAAGAUUUGAAAGACGUUAAAAGGGGUGUAAGCUCAAGGAAGUUAAUGCCUGAAGAAAGUUUUAAAAUAAAAGUGUACAAGGUUAAGGUGGUGAUGAUACGGGAGGUAGUGCAUUACCAUCUUGGAAAAUGGCAUCGAGUGUUAAGAAUGGAAUGAUAGUCAACUGACAGGAUUAGUGAAUAUAAUGUAGGAUGGAGUUCUCAAGUUGGUGUGAGCUUGAGGGAAGAAUAUGUGCAAAAAUAGUGACUUAUAUACAGUAGUUAAUACCAACCAACUGUUAGAAAGUACCAGAGAGAAAUUUUUUACCAAUUUGAUGUGUUAAAGGGAUUACCUUGUUGAGAUGUGGAAGAAUGUGGAGAAUUAGAAAAAUCUAGAUUGAUCACCCUGUUGAACACUGGGAUACUGGAGGUGGGUGUAUGUACUGUAUACUCAAAGACGGAAUAUAUUUCACAUGCAGACUGAGGAGGUACUGUAUGUCGUAAGAUACAGAAUGUUUUUAACUUCCAACAUAAGCUAUUAUUCAAAACCUAACAGUGAUAAGCAUAUCUUGAAAUAUUCUUGACGAGUCUCAGAUGUUACUAGGUGGUCCCCUUGUAGUUUUAGCAUUACUGUAUUUUGAACUAAUUUAGAUAAUUUUACAAUAACAAUUAUUACUCCGAAGUUAUUCUUUAAGGAGAUACAGUACAAUACACAGCUUCAGUAAAAUAGGGUAGCUUGUAAAUUGGGGUCAAUUAAAUCAUCUCACUGUAACCUUAAUUUUUUUUUUCUUUUCCCAAGCACCUUUAUGUUCUGAACAAUCCACUCAAAAUUGUUUUAAAAAUAUGUAUACCUGUAUAUGUACUUUGAAUAAACACAAUGCUGUACAGUUCUGUAGACUGGUACAAUAAAAUGCUAAUGUGGCUAAUAAAAUUGCAGAAACUUACUGAAUACUGUACUAAAGACUUGUAAAAAAAUUCACAUAAAAAAACUGAGAAAAGAUUUAAGAGAUGUAUUGAAUAAUGGAGAAUGUCUACGGUCUAAAUUUUCCAAGUCUGGUGAAAUUUUUUAUUGAUUUCAGGUCCAGGUUAGUUUUCAGUCUUGAUAUUAUAAUAGGUUGUUGAUACAGUAGUUGUGUAUUGUGGAGAUGAUGACAGGACUAGAAAUAGUUUGUACACUGUGGAUAAUGUAAUCAAAGAUCCAGGAUAACAUUGCAAGAUGUAUAUGAUAAUGAAGAUAAUAUUUAAAGGCAUGAUUUGUGAUUUUAGUGAAUGUUUUAGUUAGAAGACUAGCUAAUUACAAAAUGUGAAGACUAACAAGAGCAAGAAGGAAUAUUGUUGCUUUUGUAUGACUCUUAGAUGUAUAGGGUUGGACUGUUGUGUAAUGUACAGUUCAUGAGCAGGACUUUUAAGCAGUACAUGGUUUAAGAUUCAUUAGAAAGUUUUCAGGUAUCACAAUACAGUAUAUAUGAAAGCGGCUCAACCUCGAAAAGUAGUCGGUGUACUUAGGGUGUCAUGGUGUUCUUUCAGUAGAUAAUUUUAUAUCUUGAAGCUUAAUUAAAUUAAAGUCAUUAAGGAAUCCUCCUCAGCUUGAUAGCAGAAUUGAAAUGGUGAUCACCUUUCUUCAAUACCAAUUUUACUCACAGAGGUUUCACAGGUUUUUUAUGUUUCACAAAGCCAUCGGUGUUAAGAAUUUCCUCUCAUUACGUAUAACAGUAAAAUGCAUUAGACUCGAGUGUUUAGAUUAUUAUGUAGAUAUAUGUGCAUAAAUAAGAAAAUGCUUUUAUAUAUAUAUAUAUAUAUAUAUAUAUAUAUAUAAAUAUAUAUAUAUAUGUGUGUAUAUAUAUUGUUUUAAAGAAAAAAUUCUUUUGCAACAGAACCAUAUCUAUGUGUUGCACAUACUGGAACUUAAGUGUAAUUAUCGGCCAGACUGUUGAUUCAUUCAUCAUUAAAUUUGAUUUCACAAACUAAUACCUGUACAUCAGCUUAGAAUUAUGUUUAUGUGGUUGAAAAAUAAAACUUGAAAAGAAAACCA